AACUAGAUCAGGAACGGAACCGCUUGCUUUGCCGGAGGAUCACAGCCAACGUAAGGCGGCGGAGCCAGGCGGCAGGCGCACAAAGCAGGAGCCAGGAGGGGCGAGGGCACGGUCGGCAGAUCCAGGUGGCAACACAAAAUUCCCUGAUUGCCCCGGCCCCUACAACCAGCACGCCGACGCGUCGGCGAAGCCCUCGCCAUGGCGUCCCUCGAGCCCUUCAAUCGGGUGGUGAGGCUGACGGCGCGCGCCUUCUACGACGACAUCUCCAUGAAGGGAGACAACCAGCCCAAGUCCUCCCGGGGUGACAACCGCGGCGUUGCCGUCGUCAUCCUCGACGCCCUCACCAAAAAGCAAUGGUUCCGCGAGGAAGAUUUGGCUAAAGCAUUGAAGCUCCACUCAAAACAGCUGCGGCGCAUUCUCCGUUUCUUUGAAGAAGAGAAACUAAUCACAAGAUAUCAUCGAAAGGAGUCCACAAAAGGAGCGAAAGGAUGUAAUGCUGCUGCUUCAGCUGCCAGUGAUGAUCAACCAGUAACUAAGGAGAGACAAGAGAAAGUAAAGAUCCACACACAUUCGUACUGUUGCUUGGAUUAUGCUCAGCUCUGUGAUGUCGUAAGGUACCGCAUACACCGAAUGAAGAAAAAAUUGAAGGAUGAAUUGGACAGCAGAAAUACAAUUCAACACUAUAUAUGUCCUAGCUGUAAUAAAAGAUACUCAUCCUUUGAUGCAUUACAACUGGUAAGCUACAUCGAUGAGUACUUCCAUUGUGAAAGUUGCAAUGGUGAACUGGUUGCAGAGAGUGCCAAGCUAGCUUCUGAGGAAAUGGGAGAUGGCAUUGACAAUGUAAGAAAGUGUAGGCAUGAGAAGUUGAAGGGCAUGCUCCAAAGAGUUGAUGAGCAAUUGAAGCCAUUGAUUACGCAACUUGAUAGAGUGAAGAAUUUGCCAGCACCUGAAUUUGGAAGUCUAAAAUCAUUGGAAAGAGCAAUUCUUGGUGCUUUUACAAAUUGUGACAUUGGUGCAUCUGAUUCAUCUAGGAACUCACAGGGGCCGUAUGGUAUGCUAAUCAGAAAGACAGAGGUUGAAUUUGAAAUUAUUGAUGGUGUAAAAGAAGGUGCUGAAUCUGGUAAAAAUGGCACAGAGUUGAAAGUCUUACCUCCAUGGCUGAAUCUUGAAAAAAAACAAAUGGGAGAGACCUGCAUAUUGGAACUGGUUGAAACAACAGAAGAUAAAAAUGACCAAAAUCAGGACCCAAAAGAUAAGAGUAUACAGGAAGAAUAUGUAAAGGCUUAUUAUGAGGCCUUGAUGAAAAAGCAGGAAGUGGAAGAUGCAAAAGGGAUAAUGCAGGAGGAAGAUGAGAAAGUUGUUUCUGAUUCUCAAUCUGAACGACAGUUGGGCAAGAAAUACAAAUGGCAGGAUGCGGAAGAGGGUACUGAAUGGGAAGAGGAGCAACCUGCAGGAAAUGCAGCAGAGACAUACAAGUCGGCAGAUUUUAGUGUGGAUGUCCAAGAAUCUGGUGAUGGUGAAGAUGGUAUUGUCUGGGAAGAGGGUUAAACCUUGAAUAGAUGGUGUGACCACUUUGAUUGCUCUUGAAUUCAUCGAGCUAAUUGCUUAUCCGAAAGGAUGGUGAAAGGUUGCUUUGCUGUAAUAUUGUUAGAAAAAGACAAUUGACACGGUUAAUAUGAGAAACCGGGCCCAAAAAUCACAUAACUACAAUGUUUUUUGGCGGGAGAGAACCGGCAAAACUACA